CGUCUCCUAACGAGGAGCAGCAGCACAGCGGCAGCAGGACGUCCCGAGCAGAAGACAUGGCCAGCAGGAAAACCAAGAAGAAGGAGGGAGGAGCUAAACGAGCUCAGAGAGCUUCGUCCAACGUCUUCUCCAUGUUCGAACAGACUCAGAUCCAAGAGUUCAAGGAGGCGUUCACACUCAUCGACCAGAACCGGGACGGGUUCAUUGACAAAGAGGACCUGAAGGACACAUACGCGUCUCUGGGUAAACUGAGUGUGAAGGACGUGGAGUUGGAGGACAUGCUGAAGGAGGCCAGUGGUCCCAUCAACUUCACCAUGUUCCUCAACCUGUUUGGAGAGAAGCUCCAUGGUACGGACCCUGAAGACACAAUCCUCAACGCCUUCAAGAUGUUUGACCCCGACGCCAAAGGCUUCGUCCACAGAGACGAAUUACAGAAACUACUCAUGACACAAGCCGACAAGUUCUCAUCUGAGGAGGUGAAGCAGAUGUUUCAGUCGUCAAACAUCGACGCAGCAGGAAACCUGGAUUAUAAAUCUCUGUGUUACAUCAUCACACACGGAGAAGAACAGGAAGAAUAACUGGACAGAAACAACCACAACAACAACAAUAAUAAUGAUGAUCUGAUGAUGUUUGUCUUUAAUUAAUGUGAAACAAAGAUUUGAUCAAACCAGAUUCCUGGAGCUAAAUAAAUGAUGAAUAUCUAUAAAA